AUGCUCGGUCGAGCUCUAAUACGAACGUUUUUGUCGCCGGCGCCAGUCGCCGCUUGUACAACUCAAAUUUCGGGUGUUCAUCAUCACAAAGAAGCUACCGAUAUGAAGAGAUUUACAGGAGUGGAAAGAUCGAAUAAAGCGAAAGCGAAUAGAAACACUCAUGUCAAUGAGAAGAUGUUCAGACGGAUGCGCGGUCGAAAAACGCUGAUUGUAGAGCUUCCAGAAGAUUCGGCGAAAGAAAAAGAAGCAGAUAUGGCUCCCGGAGAGAUGAGAACAGAAUUAUUGAAGCGAGGACUCAAUCCAUACAAAGAAGCAGCGCCAAGAGUCUGGAAUGAGGCUCAAGUCACGUUUCAAUCUAUUUACGGAAUCGCCGACCCCUACGUCCCACCAGAGAAUCCGGGUUCAUUUACUGAUGUAAACAACAAAUUCGAUGAAGUAAAACAACGAAUUCAACACAAAUUCUACAAUUGGCGAAUGGGAACGAAUCGAAUUCGAAAGAAGCAGGGAUUCGAGAAGUUCGAUGUGAAGACGUUCUGUGCGAAGGCAGAAGAUAUCUAUGUUAGAGCACAUAAAGCAUUGGAAGCACGGGAUAAGAAGGAAAUGUACAGAUGUAUUACGGAAUAUGCAUUCGCGAAAAUGUGGCCUGACGUGGAGAAUGGAUCAGUCCGUUUCGAGCUUGUCGAAGUCGUCGAACCGUCUCGUGUCGUCGCUGUCCGAUGCUUCGAUAAUCCACCGAAAUCCGGAAAUGACAUUGCUCAAAUCACAGUUCGAAUGCACACAAAACAGAAAUUGGCAGUUUACGACAGAUUCGGAGGUCUUAUUUUGGGAUCAGAGAACGAGGAGAAAGACGUCGUCGAAUAUGUUGUAUUCGAGAAUCAUAUUGCAGUUGUCGAUGGAGAAUGGAGACUUCACGGAAAGAUUUAUCCGAGAUGGAUUGAACCGAAACAGGGAAUGCAUAUUACGAAGGAAUUGACUGAUGAAGAUAUGUUGAGACAACAGGAGAAAGCGAAGGCUCUUCCGUUGAGAACUACCGAGAAAUUGGAGGAAGAGAAGAUGAAAAAGGAGAAGGGAAUCACUGAUGAUUAA